AUGCCGCCGCCGCCGCCUCCUCGUCGUCGUCGUCGCGCAGUUCGCCUCGUCAUAUCUCGAGCGAUCUCGUCCUCUGACGAUCGCGGCUCUCGACGUCGUUAACCAACUGCUGCGCUCUUUGUCUGAUCUCCUCUCUCACCACCUGUCUCUAUCUGUCUCCUCGCCGCGUGAGAAUAACGUCGCUACAAAGACGACGACGACGACGACGACGACAACGUGGUGCACUCCGGGAACGCGCGGACGGCAUUACGACGUUGGCACGUGAUUUUCGCGUCUGUCGCUCUCUCUCUCUCUCUCUCUCUCUCGUCGCAUCGACGGCCGCGUGCGAGCCUGCGAUGUCCAUUUAACGUCCGUCACGCUCCGUCGCACCAAUAAUAGGCGUAGCAAUCGGCCGAGGCGCGCAUCCGUCGUCGACGAAACUUAGCUCCAGUGUGAGUCUCCUCCUUCGGCCGUCCGCGUCUCCAGCAGGUUUCCGUACGUAGCUCGCAACUCGUGAGAGAAGACCUCGAUCCCGUCAUGCUCCAAACUCAACGUGAUCGUGCGCGUGUUUCGUACGUCGGGCCGGCGCGAGGGUGUAUCCGCGAUGACCGCCCCCGAUCAUUAUCUCGCUCGAGCGAGAAUCGGGAGCGUAGCCGAGGGACGGGGGCGAUCUGGUUAUCUCCGUCGCUCUCGCACGACGCCGCAUUCCGGACAUUUUUGUCACGCGAUACUCGUGCGAGAGAUAACUAAAGUACCGCCCAAACCGCCGCCACGUUCCACGUGGGCUCAUCCGCGGCCCGCUCGACAUCCGAGCCCCGGAGACUAACGCACGUCGUCACGGCCGUCACGUUUUGCAGGUGAGAUCGCGGAGAAGAUCGCGAAGGAGAAGCACGGCCAGUGGUAAGACCGAGCGACGCGUGUGAGCUCCGUCGACGACGACGACGACGACGACGACGACGACGACGACGUCGUGCCGGAGAUGCGCUGAGGACCCGUCGCCGCGCUGUCAGAGUCGCCCGAGUGUUCCAGCACGAAGCACGAAGCACGAAACACGCUCCGAGCUAGGAUUGUGUAAAAGCCGGGUGGCUUUUUGCCGUGAAGUCUCUCGCGCGGAAACAUGGCCGGCAGUUACACGAAGAAGGAGUUCGGCGCGGGGCCGGAGGAGCAGACCCUGCUGAAGGACUCCAACGGGACUCGCAUCGUACCCGUGAAAGGUUGCGAACCUGUGCGUCUCUCGCCGGGAUGGGAAGGCACGGGUAGACCAGACGACGAGCUGAACUUCAAGGGUGUCACGAUGGAUCAAGCGGAUCUCGAAUUGAAUCCUCCUAGAGAUAGAUUAAACUUAGUAUUUUGCAUAUUGGUACUUCACGGAAUCGGUGCCUUGAUGCCAUGGAAUAUGUUUAUAACGGCUAAAGAGUAUUUUGUCAGUUACAAAUUGUCCAAGGAAUACACCGGCGUGGACACAAACUACGCGACAAAUUUCCUCGCGUAUCUGGGAUUUGCCGCGCAGGUACCGAAUUUACUAUUCAAUUGGCUGAACGUGUUUCUACAAUUCGGAGGCAACCUGACGACACGUAUAGUAUGGAGCAUCUUUGUCCUAGUCCUAAUAUUUGUGUUUACCGUCAUACUGGCGAUGACUGACAGUUCUGGCUGGCCCGGAGUAUUUUUCUGGGUCACUAUGAUAUCCGUUGUUGUAUUAAACACUGCUAAUGGCAUUUACCAGAAUUCGGUGUUUGGAAUGGCGGCGAAGUUGCCGAGCAAGUACACAGGCGCUGUUAUCUUGGGAUCGAAUAUAAGCGGAACAUUCACAGCCAUAAUAAAUUUCCUCGCGCAGAUAAUGGCGCCGAAUGCACGCACCGCCGCCAUAUAUUACUUCAUCACAGCCUUGUUCAUUCUUCUGGCUUGCUUCGAUACUUAUUUUGCCCUUCCAAUCAAUAGAUUUUAUCGGUACCAUGAGAUGAUCCAUCAGAAGGAAGCGAAUAAGAGACAAUUGGAGAACAGUACCAGGGGCACGACGCAAAGGCCACCUUAUUGGAAGGUGUUCAAGGCGUGUUUCCCGCAAUGCUUCAACACGUUCCUCAUCUUCUUCGUCACUCUGACUCUCUUCCCUUCCGUUCAGUCCGACAUUCGGUCCAUGGACGAGAACUUUGUGGUGCCAUCCAACUACUAUAGCAGCGUCAUGUGCUUUUUGACGUUCAACAUCACUGCCAUGCUCGGUAGUUCUGUCGCGUCGCUUAUUCAGUGGCCCAGUAAGAAGUACCUGGUGAUCCCCGUGAUGCUGCGACUCGCUUACAUACCAUUGUUCCUGUUGUGCAACUAUCAACCGACGAACACGGAGAGAAUACUACCCGUAUAUAUCCACAACGAUUGGAUUUACUUAGCCAUCGCUGUUACUAUGGGCUUUAGCAGUGGCUACUUGUCGUCAUUAUCAAUGAUGUAUUGUCCCAAAAUGGUGGACUCGCAGCAUGCAUCGACGGCGGGCAUGUUCGGCGCGGCGUCUCUGAUCACGGGUAUUUUCACGGGGAUCUUAUUCUCGAUGGUCAUGCCAAGCUUCGUUGCUAGCGUGACGUUUUGAUCGCUCUCGGUAUGGAGAGCACGCCUCUUGUAUUUAGUACUCAGGAGUUAGAGAAGAGACGGAAUGUGUGUGUUGAGAAUUGAAAGAAUAUAUACAUAUAUAUAAACAGUCUAUAUUCCGCGGUUACAAAUUGGAGUGUAAGGACAUGGUCAGCUGGAGAAGAUAAGAAACGGCAAACGUCACUUCCGGUGUUCCUCAGAACAAGAAGAGAGAAUGGAAGACACAACGUUGCGUCAGCCCGAAUAAACAGUAAUCGCAAAGUGUUGGGAGAUUUGUUUGCUUAUACACGCAUACAUACAUAUAUACAUAAUAUAUAUAUAUUUAAUCGUACAAUUCUUAUACAUAAGUUAUGACUAAACGCGACUGCUCGGUCAAGCAGAAGCCGCUGAGAGCAAUGCGUAUGUUUUUUAUAAGUAUGUGACUUGGACUUCUUAUUAUCGACAUGAUUUUCGAUCGAGGGUUGAUACAGGUAUAACUUCUGUCGAAUACAAGCUCGUGAAUAUCGUGAAUGCGCGAUUUAUUUGCGAAGAAGCGAAACGCGACACUUCUUCCUUCGCGUAGGUUUGUUUCGCUACCGAUACUGAACGAAGAUAUGAAUUCGCCGAAAUUAUACUUUCAAUCCUCGCUUUCAACGACCCGUUGACAAAAGACGUUGUACAGAGCAGCCUGGAAGAACAGUCGAGGAAUUCAGAGUCAUACACGAUCUUCCUAAAAAGUCAGUUUUUCGAGCUACUUUGAUUAGACGUCUCUUCUCUAUUUCCGCGAGCGCUACACGCCGCGCUGGGUUCUUCGAUUAUCUUUUCAGGCGACUCUGUACGUUAUACAAAUAGUUUAAUGCAAGCGUACGUAGAUUAUAAAUGUUAAGACCAUGCAAAGUGCAUUAACGAUCAGGAAGACGAUCCACUAUGCGUACAGAGAUUGAUCGCGCGUAGUCGACUUUCGUCACGGCAGAUCUGAGUAGAAGGUACUGGAGCUCAUAAUUUCAGGGGGAUUAGAAGCAGCUAUUGAUGGGUUUGUUCCGUUUUGUCGUAUCUUCUGCUGCACUCGGUUUCUCUGCUGCUCUUUCAACUACCCGACACUCGAAUAUAUAUUUAACUGGUUCCAAGCGCAGAGAGUGUCAGAAAGUACGAGUGAAACGUACAGAUGUGGUGGUGCAAAAGAUUCGUCGAGUAAAAUUGUGAACAAGGUUCUAUGUUGUUUCACAGUAAUCUUUUACUCAUCAAGUUACUUUUGUCAUUGACUUCUUCACCUGGCGAGGGAAAUUUUGUCCCUCUUUUUCUCUCUGCUUGUGGAAUCUCCUAAUCCUGUAUCUAUAGAUAAGAGAACGAAAGGCAGACCUUUUGCACCUCAGCUUGACAAUUUUACUAUAUUAUUAUUGCCCCCACCCGAUUAUAUAAAAUAAAACCGGACCAAUAAGCCUUAAUAAUGAGAAGAAAAAGAAUCAUAUUCAUGUUCUCUCGUAUCGCAUCGUUCGAAUAGAAACCGCUCUGCAGAUUUCGUCGUUGAUAAGAGAUCAAGUUGUAUUUAGAGAUCUCCUGUACACGCAACAUAUAUAUGUGUAUAUAUAUAUGUGUAUAUAUAUAUAUACACACAUAUAUAUAUGUGUAUAUAUAUAUAUAUAUAUUCAUUAUAUAUAUAUAUAUACAUAUAUACACAUGUAUAUAUAAUGUAUAAUAAUAUAUUCAUCCUGCGCUCAGCGCGCUAAAGACUGGCCGCGAAUUUUCCAUCGUCCACCGACGAGCGUCGAAAAUCAUCGCGUUCGCGUGCCGGCUAUAUGUUUAGCGUUGAGCGCGCGACACGCGAGAAUAUGCCUCAUACUAAUCGUUAAGCAUUACAAUUUUAGAUAGAGUCUACGCUAAAGUUGUCACUCACUGAAUUCUCCCGAGCAAAAAAAUUAUAUAUAAUCGUAUAAAAUUACAUGUAAUAUUAUAUACAAAUUAUAAUAUACAUAAAUUGUAUAUAAAUAUACAAAUUAUAUAUAAUUAUAUAUGACCCAUAUAUAUGGAUUUCGUCUAUAUAUAGCUACAUAUUUAAUCAUAUGUGAUCAUAUUUGCCCACACGAACGGAAAGCGCUGUGAAGCGAAGAGAAGAGCAAAACGGUUUCAUUCAUUUCAGCGUCUACUUUUUGUGCGCUGCCACGAAUAUAAGUAGUUGCUUUAAUUAUAUGCUUCUGCAACAGGAUCUUUUGUUCAUGUGGACGUAUACAAUAAUUACGUAUGAUUAUAUAUAAUUCAUUUUUUCUCGGGGAGAGACAGACCGUUCCUGAAUUGGUCUGGCCGGCAGAACGACACGGACACCACGGGGUGUCUCGCGCAAUUCGCGACUCUCCUCUGUUGGUAGUGCGAGAAUGAGUCGUUGAAACUGAGAUCGCGAUUUGUGCCAGGCGCCUUAUGUGUACAUAUAUAUAUAUACACUGUUAAUAUAGAUAGGAAGAUAACAGUUUUAUUAAGGUCGAGCGGCGAUCGCUCGGUCGCUAAUGUAACGGUUUUGUUUGCUUGAUGCUUCAUUUGAAUCACCACCGUCUUAUCGCGAUGUCGUGCGAUGUCUAUUGACUUUUCUUCUGCGAGCUGAUUGCAUCGACAUCGACAAGGCAUCAAAAAAUUAGACUACAAUUCUCUUGGGCUUAUCCGUCAACAGUCUCUUUUGUAUUGCACGUUUUUGUUUUUUUGUUUUCUUUCUUUUUCUUUUUCUUUACAGUGUUACACGAUUAUGCUCAUUGAUCAACGAGGUUGUGUUUGUUCUACAAUUUACUUGGCAAUGUCUCGAAUUUUUUUCGCCGGUUAACAAACGCGAGAUGAGUACAUGUUUCUUUCGCGUCUCGAUAGACUUAAGUUAAGUUUAAGUAGGUCUCUUGUAACGGUCGUUGAUUAAGAGCGGAAAGCAAUAAGUUCUCUCUCUUGCUAGAUACUUUCAGUAGACACGAAUCGAUGAGCGAAUUAUUACUUUUCGUCGCACAGAUUCAUUCACGAAUUUCCAAUUUCACAAGAUUCUCGCGUGAAAAUAUUUCGUAAUUAUCAUUGAUAUAAAUUUUAUACGAGGCAAUUUUUAUACGAGAUUUUCAUGUCUCUACGGGGGGAAGGCGGAGGAGGACAUCGUUUUUUCUAAUUUCAUAACACUUAAUUGCGUCUCGAGAAUCGAAACGGAAGAGUCGAGACUAGCCAUUCGAUCGAUACUAGUCCUCGUUCGCUAUUUUAUUAAUCAUAUUAAAACAAUGAGCGUUUCGCUUCACUUUUGCAAAAUUACGAACGGUAUAAGUUUCGAAAUUGGAAGUUGGUUUCAUCUCAUCGGCUAUGAUUAUGUUUUAAACGAACGUAAGAUUAUUUUAUUUCCGCCAUACAGGGUAUAUAAAAAAAAAAAGGUCGAGACUCCGGAUUAGACCUAUUUAGUUGAAAUGGAACCCUUUAUUUCUUUAUAUUCUUUAAUUUUUAUAAUUUUAAACCGGUUGAUCCAAGGUGAAUAAAAUGAUAGUUUUUUUUCUUUUUUUUUUUUAAAUCCCAAGGUUUAUAAGAAUAUGUAAUAAGAAAUAGGAGAUUCUACUUAAAAGUUUAAAGUGUGUGAUCUCGGUGACGCCAAGGUCAAACUAAAUAAGGUCGAUAAUUAGAUCUUUUUCAGGUCACAACUUUUAUCUGAAACAUUUUUUCACAGAACUUAUAUUUUUCGAGAUAUUCCGGAGUCCCGACAUUUUUCAUACGGAGUGUAACCGUGUAUGGAAUCGAUGAAGCGUAUACGGUAACGUUUGUUAUUUUAAGCCGUGAAACAGAUCAGAAAACGUCCUUCAUCUCGUGAGCGAUCGCGCUGACGACGAGAUCCAUGCACAAUGUACAAUGGUAAUUCUUCCGCGAAUGACGCGUUCUUCACGCGCGGAUAAUUUUUACGAUUCUUUCGUCGCUUCAUCGUCGCACGCACGUCUUGCUUCAUCAUCAACUCUAGUUUUAAACGUUAGAAUUAAGCUGCGCGUAAAAAUAGAAAAGUAUUGCGUAUAUAACGCAUGUAUAAGACAAGAAAUUGUAAAAUAUUCUCUAAAUUUCUCAGAAUGACUUCACUCGACGAGCGGAGACACCGUACUCGAAAAAUCACCGACUGAUUUUUCAUUCGUCUGGAGCACAUCUAAACCGUCGAAUGAAGAUUUUCUCUUGAGUGAAUUGAGGCAUAAAUCCGAUGCAUUUAGCCAUCGGAAACAGGAACAGAUUCGCUCUAAUUGGUCGAAACGUUCGAAAGUCGUAUGAUUUAAGAAAAUUCAUUCUAGAUUGAGUUAAAUGUUCACCCUUGCGAUUCUGAGUAGAGGUACUUUCAAUGUGACUUUGACUGAAUUUUUACCUGUUUUCGGUGAGAUUUCACUGCAAGAAAUGUAGAAAAUACUCUGAAAAUUUCUUCGAAUAAAAUUUCACUCGGGAAGUAGGAUCACAACCAUGUCACCGAAACUCGACUGAUUUUUCACAUUUGUAGGACGAAUUGUCCAUUUUAAACGAGCGGAUAAAGAUUUUCUCUCAAAAUUGAAGAAUCUGACAUAUUUCAUCGUCACAGGAAUAAGUCCACUCGUAGGAAGCGAAAUAUUCCUGCGAUUCAAAGUAGCGAUAUUUUCAAAAGAUCACUUUGUAAACUUCAAUUGGUUCAAACAAAUGCUUACUCGUCUUCAACUGAGACGUCGUUCCGAGAUAUUUAAAGAGUUCGUGUCACGAUACUGACGUUAUUGUAUCGCAAUACCGGCGUUAUAUAAUACGUUAUUUAUCGCGCAUAUGCGAGCGGGGAUUGAUACUUCUCGCAGGACCACCGUUACGAAUCCAAACGAUCUCGCGUUUACUCGUCGUCAUCUCAUCGGGACUUCCUCUCAGCUGUUUUAUAAUAACGUUAAUGAUAUUCGACUUUUACGCUAAGCACACACCGUAUUACGUUUUAAGCGUUAAGAUGACACGCAGCGCGAGACGGGCGACAGCUUUCGAUUUUUAUAUUUUUGUACGAAGACUUUUCAUCCUGAUCAUCCUGUGCUCAGUUGUAACGCUUCCAGGAUGUUCCUAAAGUAGGUUCGAUCAAAUUUUGCAGUGUUCUUCUUUCUUUUUUGCUUUUCUCUCUGAACGUCACCGAGAGAAGGCGCGAACUGAAGCUCGCCGGUGGAGGUUUGAGCGAAUAUUUUAGGGACAACCUAUAUAUAUAUAUAUAUAUAUAUAUAUAUAUAUAUAUAUGUAUAUAUAUACACAAGGUGACAUGUUCCAGCAGGAGCGCACAUUGCACUCGUACUCGAUCUCGCUCGUUUACAUACACAUACACACAUUUACACACCUGCAGUUUUUAAAUUAAUCCUAAAAUAGGUAAGCCACGCCAACUCGGCAACUAAUCGACUCUGAUCAUCUCCAUUAUCUCUAUCAACUUUUAAGGCGUAUCGAUAAUCCAUUAUCUCUGGUCGAUUUAGUCGCUACUGAUCGACACACUUGAGAAGGAAAAAAGGAAAAGAUCGCGUUAGAAAAGAACGUUUCGCUCGCGAUGCGAUGAUUCCGGGUGGAAGUGGUGGAUUGCACUGACGAAUACUUGAUACAACUUGUAAUUGAUAAUCAGAAUUUGUUUAGAAUUUUGUAAUAUCGCAAGUUAUUAUCCGCAUCGAUCUCGUGUGAGUGGAUUUAAGGUGGCGUGGAAAUGUUGAGUUCUUCGAUUCGAGAAAACGCGGAGAGAUGAGUCGCGCCCGACGGACGAGUUAAGAUGUGGAAUUAUCGCGUCGCGAAUACAAACGUGUUUCUCCCUCGGUAAGAACCCUACUAAUGAGAAGAGAAACGGAGAAGAAAGAAGGGAACGUCUUAUCUCGAUCAUCAUCUUAUCAGACUGACGGAAAAUGACAAUGAUGAUUCUAAAAAGCGCAUUCUGAAUUCCUAUAUGGACAAUCCUCCGUACGAAGCAAUGCAGACAAUAAAGUCGAAGGAAUUCGAUAGUAAAUCCAAUAAUCGGAAGACUCACUCGUUUGAAUUUAAAGAUAUUAAAAAGAAGAAGACGAAGAAGAUGAAGAAACCGAGAUAGAGUAGAUGGAAUAUUUUUAUAUGGAUUCGGUCAUACGAGUAAACUUUUCCAUUCGACACGAUUGUUUCCCACACAUAUCGUAUAUCGUUCUAGAUCUUAAGUCUACUAAUAGUAAUAACAAUAAUAAUUAAAGAGAAGUUCAUGAUUAAUAUUAUAAACACGCUGUGUAUGUAAGACGUAUGUGAUGCGCGUUCGUUUUCGCGUGGAAAUGGCAGGAGGUGUUUCCCCCGAAGAAUCAAGUUCACGACGGUCCGGUAGAUUCGUUCGUUAUCGUCGACUCCGUCAUUUCUCCAUGUCGAAAUGCACGCGUGUGCAUAAUUAUAAACGCAGAUGCGGGGAGUUUUGGAAAGCGCGUCGGUCCUUUCUCUCGGUCGAGUUCGUAGUCGAACGUUGAAACGUCGUUGGGAGACGGGAGGAAAAUUCAGGAUGAAGAGAAUCGAAAGAUCGGUGAAAGGAUACAUGUUGCUUUUCGAGAGAGAAAAGCCAAUGUCCAGAGUUAACAAUUUGACGACGCGAGCCUUGGCCGCUUAGUCAUGCCGGGGACUCCGGUCGGAAAAAAGAAGUCGACGUGCUUGUAUGAAUAUCAAAAAAACAUUCAUCAAAAAUUCAUAUUAAAGGGCCGCUGGUCCUCUUCUUCUUUCCGAUUUAUCUUUCGAGUUGGGAGUUCCGACGCACAUCUCGUGUACGAGCGUAAGAAGGACCGAAGACCUUGCGCGAAGCAAAAGAUUCAUUGAUUGCGUCUUAGGAUAGAUAAGUAAAUUUACAAACAAAACUGUUUGAACCGUUCAAUUUAUUGUAGAAAGAAUGUUAAAUAAAUGAGUAAGAACUAACUGGUCGCGUUAGCCCUUAUUAAUCUAGCACUGCCGAGUAGCAGCCUACACGCACAUAAAGGAUUCAUCUCGAAGUCGUCGUGAAAUAACAUCCCAAUAACAUAUUCUGGAGUUUGCCUCUGCGGUCGAAAAUAUUAAUAUCAAUUGAACAAUCACUGACAUUCUCAAUAUCAGACUUUUCAUCGUAAUAAGAAUUAAUCAGAUAAUAAUUGACAUAGGAAUUAUUAAGAUCUUCGACUUCGAUUGAACCUCCGGCAUACGUUCAAAUGUUUCUCAGCGACUGUGAAACGCUCCAUAUUAUAUUUUAAUAUAGUGAUCA